AAGGAAUACAAAAUGACAGCGUUUUGAAAGACUUUGAAAAUCGUGGAGCACUCUUGACCUCAGCAUUCCUCGGAGGAGCCGCACCUCUCAGCAACUACCUAUUGUCGCGUUCUUCCGUCUGCCUCGCUGUGACUUGCCUUCCGUUUUAUGUAUAUCCUCGAAAAUUUUGUUCCUCUAGAACCAGAACAACGCGUGGUCGAAGGUAGACGAAGAAAGGACCAGAUCCCACAACGAAUCGACGACUUUCCCUUCAUAUAGGGUUGUCGUUUUGAUCACAGCACACUGCCCCAUUGAUCUCUUCCCUUCUUCACUGUUAAUUCUUGCAGGAAGAAGAGAUCGGGGAGUGUCUGGAUCUUUGGUCUGAUUGAUUAAUUGGUUGUUUACUUUCUUCGCCUAUCCGAUCUUUUGUGAUUCUUGUUCCUGUUUGAUUGUGUGCUCCAAAUGGCUGGCGAUGGCAAGAAGUACAUCUCAUCUGAAAUGCUGAAAGAGCAUAACAAGCCUGGGGACCUUUGGAUCUCUAUCCAGGGCAAGGUUUACGAUGUCUCGGAUUGGGCUAAGGAUCACCCUGGUGGGGAGACCCCUCUCCUGAACUUGGCUGGCCAAGAUGUCACGGAUGCUUUCAUAGCUUACCAUCCUGGCUCUGCUUGGCAAUAUCUUGACAAGUUCUUCACUGGGUACCAUCUCAAAGACUUUAAGGUUUCAGAGGUGUCCAAGGAUUACAGAAGACUUGUGUCUGAGUUCUCCAAGCUGGGAUUCUUUGAGAAGAAGGGGCAUGGGGUUAUGUUUGGGCUCACCUGUGUGACGUUGAUGUUUGCAGCCUGCGUUUAUGGCGUUGUGUAUUCUCAGAGUACAUCGGUUCAUAUGGGUUGUGGCGCUUUGAUUGGGUUCCUCUGGAUUCAGAGUGCCUAUAUGGGUCAUGAUUCCGGGCAUUACCAGAUAAUGUCUAGUCCUGGAUUUAACAAAUUGGCACAAAUCCUUACAGGAAAUUGCUUCACCGGGAUCAGCAUUGCUUGGUGGAAAUGGACUCAUAAUGGCCAUCACAUUGCCUGCAACAGUCUCGAUCAUGACCCGGAUCUCCAACACAUGCCAGUCUUCGCCGUGUCGUCGUGGUUUUUUAACUCCAUGAAUUCCAGCUUCUACGGGAGGAAGAUGAUUUUCGAUCCCAUCUCUAGGUUUCUAGUCAGCCAUCAGCAUUGGACAUUUUACCCCGUAAUGUGCGUUGCCCGGAUCAAUCUGUUUCUUCAGACAUUCUUGCUAUUGUUCUCAAAGAGGAAGAUCCCCAACAGAGCUACGAACAUAAUGGGAAUCCUUGUCUUCUGGAUUUGGUUUCCUCUUCUUGUUUCGUACCUGCCCAAUUGGACAGAGAGGGUGAUGUUCGUGCUCGCCUGCUUCACGGUCACAUCGAUUCAGCACAUCCAAUUCUGCUUGAACCAUUUCUCAGCCAAUGUGUAUGUUGGACAUCCCAAUGGGAACGACUGGUUCGAGAAGCAGACGAGCGGGACUAUCGACAUUUCGUGCUCGUCUUGGAUGGAUUGGUUCCAUGGGGGGUUGCAGUUUCAGCUGGAGCACCAUUUGUUCCCUCGCCUUCCGCGGUGCCACCUGCGGAAGGUGUCACCCUUGGUGAAGGACUUGUGCAAGAAGCACAAUUUGCCUUACCGCAGCCUCUCCUUCUGGGAUGCAAAUGUAUCAACUAUUAAGACCCUCAGGACUGCAGCACUGCAGGCAAGGGACCUGGCCAACCCUGUUCCGAAGAAUUUGAUCUGGGAAGCUGUCAACACUCACGGCUAAAAAAAAUUUAUGAUGUUUUUUCAAGAUUCUAUUGUCGAAUCUCUAUUUCCUUCCAAGGAAUCUUAUCUGUUAUUUCUUAAUGCUUAUCAUAGUUCUUCAGUUGAGUCCAUUGUAAUGAAAAUUUUUCUUCAACUUUGUUCGUCUUUUUUUCCUAUACAGGAAAAAAAGAAAGAAUACUCGGUUUCACUAUAUAUAUGGAUUGAGCUGCUUUCUUUUUUCCUCUACCUUUACUGUAAUAGGAUCUCAUUAGACCAUCAUGCAAGUCUGAUUUCUAAUUCAAGUAUCUUCGCAUAUUAA